CCAGGAGCCAGGGCACCGGUCACUCCCAGCAAGUGGUGUUACGGAAAGAUGCCGGUCCGCAGGGGCCACGUUGCUCCUCAAAACACUUACUUGGACACCAUCAUCCGCAAGUUUGAGGGCCAGAGUCGUAAGUUCCUGAUUGCCAAUGCACAGAUGGAGAACUGUGCCAUCAUCUACUGCAAUGAUGGCUUCUGCGAACUCUUCGGCUACUCCCGUGUGGAGGUGAUGCAGCGACCCUGUACCUGUGACUUCCUUACUGGCCCGAACACUCCGAGCAGUGCUGUGUCCCGCCUGGCGCAGGCCCUGCUUGGGGCUGAAGAGUGCAAGGUGGACAUCCUCUACUAUCGCAAGGACGCCUCCAGCUUCCGCUGCCUGGUGGAUGUGGUCCCUGUGAAGAAUGAGGAUGGGGCUGUCAUCAUGUUCAUCCUCAAUUUCGAGGACCUGGCCCAGCUCCUGGCCAAGAGCAGCAGCCGCAGCCUGACCCAACGUUUGUUAUCACACAGCUUCCUGGGCUCUGAGGGCUCUCACAGCAGGCCAAGUGGACAGGGGCCUGGUCCAGGCAGGGGCAAGUACGGAACCGUCAGCCAGAUCCCGCAGUUCACGCUCAGCUUUGUGGAGUUCAACCUGGAGAAGCACCGCUCAGGCUCCACCACAGAGAUUGAGAUCAUCGCUCCCCACAAGGUGGUGGAGCGGACACAGAAUGUCACUGAAAAGGUCACGCAGGUCCUGUCCCUGGGUGCAGAUGUGCUGCCAGAGUACAAGCUGCAGGCACCGCGCAUUCACCGAGGUACCAUUCUGCACUACAGCCCCUUCAAGGCUGUAUGGGACUGGCUCAUCUUGCUCUUAGUCAUCUAUACAGCGGUCUUCACGCCCUACUCCGCUGCCUUUCUGCUCAGCGACCAGGACGAAUCACAGCGUGGUACCUGUGGCUAUACCUGCAGCCCGCUCACCGUGGUGGACCUCAUCGUGGAUAUCAUGUUUGUGGUGGAUAUUGUCAUCAACUUCCGAACCACCUACGUCAACACUAAUGAUGAGGUGGUCAGCCACCCCCGACGAAUCGCCGUCCACUAUUUCAAGGGCUGGUUCCUCAUUGACAUGGUGGCUGCCAUCCCUUUUGACUUGCUUAUCUUCCGCACUGGCUCAGACGAGACCACCACCCUGAUCGGGUUACUGAAGACGGCACGCCUCCUGCGGCUGGUGCGCGUGGCCCGGAAGCUGGACCGCUAUUCUGAAUACGGGGCCGCCGUACUCUUCCUGCUCAUGUGUACUUUUGCGCUCAUUGCGCACUGGCUGGCCUGUAUCUGGUACGCCAUCGGCAACGUGGAGCGGCCCUAUUUGGAGCCCAAGAUUGGUUGGCUGGACAGCCUGGGCGCACAGCUUGGCAAGCACUAUAACGGCAGCGACCCAGCCUCGGGACCCUCUGUCCAGGACAAGUAUGUCACCGCCCUCUACUUCACCUUCAGCAGCCUCACUAGUGUGGGCUUCGGCAAUGUGUCACCCAACACCAACUCUGAGAAGGUCUUCUCUAUCUGCGUCAUGCUCAUUGGCUCCCUUAUGUACGCCAGCAUCUUUGGCAACGUGUCGGCCAUCAUCCAGCGCCUGUACUCAGGCACGGCCCGCUACCACACUCAGAUGCUGCGGGUCAAGGAGUUCAUCCGCUUCCACCAGAUCCCCAACCCACUGAGGCAGCGCCUGGAAGAGUAUUUCCAGCACGCCUGGUCCUACACCAACGGCAUCGACAUGAACGCGGUGCUGAAGGGCUUCCCUGAGUGCCUGCAGGCGGACAUCUGCCUGCACCUGCACCGCGCUCUGCUGCAGCACUGCCCCGCCUUCCGCGGCGCCAGCAAGGGGUGCCUACGCGCGCUCGCCGUCAAGUUCAAGACCACGCACGCGCCGCCUGGGGACACGCUGGUGCACCUGGGUGACGUGCUUUCCACUCUCUACUUCAUCUCCCGCGGCUCCAUCGAGAUCCUGCGCGAUGACGUGGUCGUGGCCAUUCUAGGGAAGAAUGACAUCUUUGGGGAGCCUGCCAGUCUCCAUGCCAGACCAGGCAAAUCAAGCGCCGAUGUGCGUGCCCUGACCUACUGCGACCUGCACAAGAUCCAUCGAGCAGACCUGCUGGAGGUGCUGGACAUGUACCCCGCCUUUGCAGACACCUUCUGGAAUAAGCUAGAGGUCACCUUCAACCUGCGGGACGCAGAUGGGGGUCUCCACUCAACACCCCGACAGGCCCCAGGCAACCAAGACCCCCAAGGCUUCUUCCUCAAUGACAGCCAAUCAGGUGCUGCCCCUUCCCUGAGCAUUUCAGACACAUCUGGGCUUUGGCCUGAAUUGCUACAGCAAAUACCCCCAAGUCCUCCAAACCCACGAGAGAACCUGGAUUGCUGGCCUCGGGAGCUAGGCUUUAAGUUAGAACAGCUCCAAGCCCAGAUGAACAGACUGGAGUCCCGAGUGUCGUCAGACCUCAGCCGCAUCCUACAGCUACUUCAGCAUCCACAGGGCCACCCCAGCUACAUCUUGGGGGCCCCUGCCUCCAGUGACCUGGCCUUGUUUCCUGAAACUUCAGUGACUCAGAGUUCAGAGUCUAUGCUUCUGGUGGGACAUCUGCCCUCUGCACAGACCCUAAGCUAUGGUGACUUGGACAAACAUAUCCGGACGCCCAGGAAUUUCUCCCCCAGGAUACCUCACGUGGCCGUGGCAAUGGACAAAUCUCUGGUGCCAUCCUUAGAACAAGAGCAGCUGGAGGGGCUCCUGUCACCUCUGGCCUCACCUCUGUGUCCCCUGGAAGUACAGGGACUGGGUGGCCCCCACUUUUCCUCCCUCCCUGAACACCUCAGCUCUGUUCCCAAGCAGCUGGAGUUCCAGAGACACGGUUCAGAUCCUGGAUUCACAAGGAGUUAGGCCCUUUAGACCCUGGGAUAAAAGCUACUGUGAGGGAAUGUAAAUACAGUGAGGUGAGAGUUAAGCCCCCUUCCAUGGAGGGCCAGACAGCUCUCCCAUAAAACUCUGAAAACCAUUUUCUCUGAAAAACUGCAGACUGCUGAACCAGGUGACCAGGAUAGCCUGAGCAGAGAGGCCCAGGGCUUGGCCCAGCCUCCCUGGGAGUCCCUAUAGUCAGCAAGCCAGGCAGAGGGCUGCUCAGGGGUAGCUCACAGGAUGCAAGAGUCAGUGGAGAAGAGAGAUGCUUCGGGUCUUCGGGAGAUUCUUGCUUGGGGCCACACAUGAUCAGAACCACCCUCUGCCUCAAAAGCUCAGACCCAAGGCCAGGGUUGACCAGAUCUUUACCAAAAGCCUCUAAUAUGGCUGGAAUUAGAGGAUUCCUCUGUGGUGGACAUAAAAGAAAGAGCUGCAGCCCUCAGCCCCUCAGCCCCUCAGCCCCCGAGAGUCCCAUAAUGAUAUCUGGGACAUGCAGUAUCACAUAGCUAAUAAAGCCUUGAAUAUUUCAUGUUGGGCUAGAUGUGUAACCUUCCUGACCGCCCUCAGGUCCGUGCCUAUGCUGGGACCUUCUCCAAACCCUUCCCGCACCCAGCCUGUUGGAGACCUGAAGGUGUCUCAGCUGGGAGCAGGGGCUCCACAGCCUGAAGCUGUUUCCAGCUGAAGGGAAACAGACUCAGCCUCCUAAGUGUCCACAGAGAAUCCAUGGCCAGAGAUGGUGUUUGUCCGGCCCUCCACCAUCCUCUCCUGCACAUGGUUGUCCUUCUAACCCUUAGAAUAGCCUUAGGAAGUUGGUUUUACUGUCCUCAUAUGAAAGGUCUUGGGUCAGUAGCAGAGAGACUAUGGCACUUACCAAGAGUGUGAGCAGGUCUUCCGGGCAUUCCAGUAUUUGCUUUCUGCUCUGGUGAUGUGUUCCAGUUAGAAAAACAUGUGUGCUCCCAUAUGUAAAUGACAUUUCAAUAAAAAGUUAAACUCAACACACUAGAAAAAGGAGAACACAGUUUCACCCCACACCACCUCGCUUGAGAGACCUGUUAAAACAUCGUUGCUUUUCAGAUAAUUCUAAUCUGGCCUCCUCAGCCCAUUUUUUCCUUCCUUUUGCAAUUUCUAUUUGAUGCCUCGGAGUCUGUUAGUGAGUUUACGAGCACACAUUCGCAAGUGUUUAUACAAACUAAAAUGUUAAAGUUAACUUUUCUGCUGGGUGUGAUGGCGCACGCCUUUAAUCUCAGCACUCAGGAGGCAGAGGCAGGUGGAUUUCUGAGUUCGAGGCCAGCCUGGUCUACAAAGUGAGUUCCAGGACAGCCAGAGCUAUACAGAGAAACCCUGUCUCAAAAAAACAAAACAAAAAAGACCUGUUCCAUAAAAUAGAUAGCUAGACCUCUGCUAAGAUCGUACUGCAAGACCAUUAUUAACCCACUGAAAAAUCAGAAAUGAUGUAACCAAUAGAAAACUAUGGGCCAAAUUUCCUGAUACACACAGAAACAAAACGUUUCAAUAAAAUAC